AUGUCAAUGAGAUAUAACCGUGCUGUCGUCUUGCUGCUGUUGAUCGGCGUCACUGUCAUGACAGUCAAUAUCUUUGAAUUAAGAUAUUUAGUUGGUCAGCUAAGAGAACAAACUAUCAAAACAGUUAAUGAAAGAGUUGGUGAUGCUGUCGUUCAAGAAAAGAAAAAAACUGCUCCCGUGAUCGAGAAAGGAUAUCUAGAUCAUCCUAUAAAAGUCUUCGAACGUGUUGGUUAUGUUAUGAAAAAGGACUUUCCACAAAAAUGGGAUGUUUUAUGGUCGCAUGAGUAUCCAUUCACCGAAACGAAGGUUUACAACAUGAUACGACAAAUGAAGCCUCAUCAAAAGGUUAACAAAUUUCCUGGCUCAGGGUUCAUAACAAAUAAAGCUUCUCUAGCCACAAGCGGAUUUUCUUUCACACCGAAAGCUUACAAGAUUCCAGAAGAUAAAGAAAAGCUAUUAAGAGAUGCUAAAUUGAAACCUAAUCAGUUAUAUGUUCAAAAAAGUAAUGCUCAUCGCGGAAUUUUCAUUCGUAAGAUUGAAGAAAUGGAUCUGUCAUCAAAGUCGAAAAAAGUUUUCGUCCAAGAAUACGUUAUGGAUCCUUUACUAAUUGAUGGAAGAAAAUUUGACAUAGGAAUCUAUACAGUUAUGACAUCUGUGUCUCCAUUACGAGUAUAUGUUUAUGAUGAAGAAGCUUUACUUCGAUUUUGUCCAAAAGACUACCUCCCUCUUGAUGUAACUAAUACACGGCAAUAUGUUGUGGCUGAUGAUUAUACUCCUACAUGGGAGAACGAAGAUUUAACUUUACUAAUUAGUAGCGUUUUUCAGAUUCCUUCACUCAAGAAGAUGUACAGUGAUGGGCAAUUUAGUCACAAACAGUCGUUGAAUGCAUUUUUAAGACGGAAAGGCUUUAAUUAUAAGAAACUUUGGGCAGAUAUUAAUGAGGCUAUCGUUCAGGUUUAUUUGAAUAAGAAAGCUGAGAUACUAGCGACGACCAGAAGAUAUAAAAGUACAAGAAAUUUUUUCGAAAUGGUUCGAUUCGAUUUCGUAGUAGAUAGCAAGAUGAAUGUCUGGUUAAUGGAGGUAAAUAUGUCGCCGAACUUAUCAUCUGCUGUUCAUCCACCAAAUAAGCUACUAUAUGAACAAGUUAUGUAUAAUCUCCUUAGUCUAAUUGGUGUAGCAUCUCUUACUCCUCGAACUGUUGUCCAAAGUUCGCCCGAUGAAGAAAUAAUGAAAAUCUGCUAUCGUGACGUUCAAGUUGGUUAUGAUAUUUGCUCUGGUGCCGAUUGUUCAGCUUGUAAAAGUGAUAAAUGCCAAAUUUGUUUACAAUGUCGUCAACAACAUCAAACGGAAUUCCUUUACGAUGCAUUCCUAGAACAUGUUCAUAGACGAAACUUUAGACGAGUAUUUCCUAGGCCGUUGACGCAAGAUAAAGCCAAUGAUGAUAGCAUCGACUACAAUACUUUACCGAACGAUAUCCUGAUGCAAAAAUGGUUUAUGUUGAAGUGUAAAGACGAUGCUUCAUGGUGUAAUUAA